GAACAAGGGCGGAAACGCGGCGCGGUGACAGCUGGGUAAAUUUCACCGACAUACAGGAAGAAAAAAGACGAAGCCCAUUUGUCUGCUGUGCAAGUCCGCACACUCCCACGGAGACAUAAACGACCAAAUCACUGCUCGACCAGUUUGGCAGGUAUGGCUGACUUGGCGAGUCUGGUGCAGCGGCUGGAGGUGGCGGUGAGUCGUCUGGAGAACGUGUCAGGAUCUGGAGGCAGCGGUGGAGAUUCUGCUGGGGGAGCUGCAUCGGUGUUCGUGGAGGCCUUUGACGUGAUUGUCAGCGGCCCUGUGGCCGAGUACCUCUCCCUAAGCCAGAAGAUCGGUGGUGAUGUCCAGAAACAUGCGGACAUGAUGAAGCUGGCUUUCAACAGUCAGAGACAGCUCCUCGUAAUCGCCUCCUCCUCCCAGAAGCCCUCUGAUGCAGUUUUGACGACUCUCCUGCAGCCGGUGUCCAAGGCCAUCCAGCAGGUGCAGGCCUUCCGCGAGCAGAACCGCACCUCGCCGCUGUUCAACCACCUUUCUGCUGUGAGCGAGAGCGUGCCGGCCCUCGGAUGGGUCGCCAUGGCUCCUAAGCCAUGCCCCUAUGUUAAAGAGAUGCAGGAUGCUGCCAUGUUCUACACCAACCGUGUGCUCAAGGACUUCAAGGAAAAGGACAAGAUGCAUUUGGACUGGGUGAAGGCCUACGUCUCCAUCUGGACUGAGCUGCAAAACUACGUCAAGCAGCACCACACUACCGGGCUGACCUGGAGCAAGAGCGGUCCCAUAGCGUCAGCCUCUGCAGCUGCCCCCAAGGCUCCUGCAGGUGGAUGUCCUCCACCUCCCCCUGGACCUCCUCCACCCCCCAUGGACUUGAGCGCAUCGUCUGGCGGGGCUGGUGCUGGCGGCGAUGACAACCGCAACGCUUUAUUCGCCGCCAUCAACAAGGGAUCGAACAUCACCAGCGCCCUGAAGCAUGUGAGCGACGACCAGAAGACUCACAAGAAUCCUACACUGAGGAGUACUGCUCCAAUACGUACUGGGCCAAAACCGUUCGCCUCACCCACCCCCCGACCUGCUGCGGCCGCCGCCGUGAGCCCCAAGCUGCCCCCCGUGUUCGAGCUGGAUGGGAAGAAGUGGAAAGUGGAGAACCAGGAGGAUGCGCAGAGCCUGGUGAUAGAAAACACUGAGCUGAAACAAGUGGUUUAUGCUUACAAGUGUAACAAGAGCUGCCUGCAAGUCAAGAACAAAAUCAACUCCAUCAUAAUAGACAACUGUAAGAAAAUGGGCCUGGUGUUUGAUGAUGUUGUGGGCAUCGUAGAGAUCAUCAACUGCAGGGAUAUCAAGAUCCAGGUCAUGGGUAAGGUCCCAACAAUCUCCAUCAACAAGACUGACGGCUGCCAUGUCUACCUGAGCAAAGACUCGCUGAGCUGUGAGAUUGUCAGUGCCAAGAGCUCGGAGAUGAACGUCCUGGUGCCCGACAAAGAUGGAGAAUUUACGGAGUUCCCUGUUCCUGAGCAGUUCAAGACCGUCUGGGACGGCAAGAAGCUCGUUACCACGUCAACGGAGAUCGCCGGAUAGACGCGGGCAUGGCCACCCUGUCCUCUAUACCACCACCACCCCUUUUUUAGCAAACGCCUUCCUGACUGAUUGACCACAUGUGUUAGACCGCCCUCCUUUUCAUCAGCCAAUCACACCUUAAGCUGUCCCCUUCCAUCAGCCAAUGAGAGGACUGCUCACUUUUAUCUAGAGCAAAAUCCUUCAGCCAAUCAGCAGGGAGCGGCUUGUCACUCAAAUAUUAUUUUUUUCCUGAGCCAGGGAGCACUUUGCAAAAAUAUUCAUAGUGUACAAUAUUCCGUAUCUAUCUGGAUAUCGCUAAGCUAAAUUUAACAUGUAGAAUAGCCAACCUGAGAACGGACGUAUUGAUUGCUCUACUAUCAGGAUGCUUCAGGCUUUGUUUCUCUCCUGGUCAGGAGGGGCUGGUAGGUUUCUGUUCCACUAUGUGCAAUUCACUGUUGAAGCACUUGUCAAACAAAGAGGAUAAUGGCAUCCAUAACACCUCCGCUGAUGAUGACUAUAAUAAUAUUAACAUUCGUAGUGGAUAAUGAAGUCUGCACUCUCAGAGCACAUAAAUAGGAUUAAAAACAAGUUUUGUGCAGAUCAUGAAACACCAUCUAGUCGACGUUGGAACAGUUAGUGGCAUAAAGAUGAUCAUUCCCUGUGCUUUCCCUUUAACCCGCACAUAGGACAUUCUCGAGUAUUAAACAUUCCAUAAAGGAAGGGGCAUGUAAGAAAAUGUUUGCGAAAAGAGCACAGAUGUUGAUAAGUGGAAGACUGAAAGAAAAAAAAAAGCAUCAUGCCACCUCAGUCUGUAGCUGGGAAAAUCUGCAUUUCUCAAUAGAUAUUACCAAAUAGCCAUCGACAUCUCUCCACUCGCUCAUUCUCUCGUUAUCUUCAGCUCUUAAUGCUCUUCGCUGAAUUUUCUAUUCUCUUUUUCAUUGUUUUCUCUUAAUUCUUUUUGGGUCCAAAAGCAUUCAGCUCAUUAGUACUGGAGACUUCAUUAAAAAAGGUUGCAAUAAACAGU